UGACACAGCUAUUGGUGUACAUCUCAAAAGCUGCACACGGAGGGAGCCACCCACAGGCACUCGCGCGGCUCCUUCUGGGAGUUGUAGUUCUAGCUGCUCCGUUCCCGGGCUGGCGCCGUCCGGACUCCGCGUACCAGCAUUCCCUGCGCGCGCAUUGGAGCACUUCCGCCCUGUUGUGAACCUUGAGCAGUCUCUCUCCCAAAGGCCUCUUGAGAGACACAACAUAGAUGCAGGAAGUCAUUGAACGAGGACAACACAGCUGAAGCAAGGCAUACAAGCCAGUCAAUGGCUGUGGCUCUGGAAUCUGAGGCCCAAGCCUCUCCCUCACCAGAAUCUCAGAACCUCCUGAUUGUGAAACUGGAAGAGGACUCAUGGGGAUCAGAACACAAACCCCAGAAGGACUGUGAUCCUAUCUCUGGUCCCGAGGCUUCCCGCCAGCGCUUUAGGCAGUUCAAAUACAGGGAUGCAGCUGGACCCCAUGAGGCCUUCAGCCAGCUCUGGGCUCUCUGCUGUCAUUGGCUGAGGCCAGAGAUCCGCCUCAAAGAACAGAUCCUAGAGCUGCUGGUGCUAGAGCAGUUCCUGACCAUCUUACCCCAGGAGAUGCAGAGCUGGGUGCAGGCACACCACCCUGAGAGUGGGGAGGAGGCAGUGGCCCUGGUGGAGGAUUGGCAACGAGAGGCCCAAGCUGCCCAGCAGCAGGAACUAGAGUGGGGUGUAGAAGAGACCAAAUCAUUAAAGGCAGCACAAGAAUCUCAGUGCUUCCAGCUGCAGCCAACAGAUCACAGGCCUGGGGGACAAUCGCAGAAGCAGUGGGUAAAGAAUUCAUGCUCUGACCUCCCUGCGCAUCUAAAUGCCAAGAUGGCAUCACGUCUCUUAAAAGAGAGUGCUGCCUUCACUCCUCGAGUCCCUGCUCUUCCAAAAAUGGGUAGUGUUGGAGAUUGGGAGGUGACAGCUGAGUCCCAGGAAGUCCCAGGCCCUGGCAAGCAUGAUGAGAAGAAGUUCUGCAAGGACCCCACAGGAGAUGAUUGCGUCAAUAGCCUGUGUCUGAGAGUUCCAAUUUUGAAACCAAGUGUCACUUCACAGCUAGAGCAAGGACCAGAAUUAUGGGAUGUAAACCUAAUAAAUUCUGUGAAAAAGAGUACUGCUGAUUACAGACUGGAUAAUGAACCAACAAAGCCAGCUCAGGUCUUAAAGGACUCUAGAGCCUGGGAAGAACAAUGCCAAUGGGAUGUGGAGGACGUGAAAGUGUCAGGUGUUCACUGGGGCUACGAGGAGACCAAGACUUUCCUGUCAAUCUUGAGCGAGUCUCCUUUUUCGGAAAAGCUUCGGACUUGUCACCAGAACCGCCAGGUGUAUCGGGCUAUUGCUGAGCGGUUAAGGGCACGGGGUUUCCUGCGGACACUCGAACAGUGUCGCUACAGGGUCAAAAACCUCCUACGGAAUUACCGGAAAGCCAAGAGCAGCCACCCACCAGGGACAUGCCCUUUCUAUGACGAACUGGAAGCCCUGAUGAGGGCUCGAACAGCCAUCAGAGUCACUGGUGGCUCAGCAGAGGCUGUGACACUCCCCAGGCUGGGGGAUAGUGAUGCUGAGAUGGAUGAGCAUGAGGAAGGUGGCUGGGAGCCUGAAGAAACAACAGAAGACUGUAAUAGUGCUGGCGUGGCUACUGAUGAGUCUGCCCAGGGGCCUAAGAUUGCAGGUGGCCCAGCACUACUCCAGAGUCGUAUUGCAGGUGUGCACUGGGGAUAUGAGGAGACCAAGGCUUUCCUGGCAAUUCUCAGUGAGUCUCCAUUCUCUGAAAAGCUUUGUACCUGUCAUCAGAACAGCCAGGUAUAUCGGGCCAUUGCAGAGCGACUGUGUGCACUGGGUUUCCUGCGGACACUGGAGCAAUGUCGCUACAGAUUCAAAAACCUCCUUCGAAGCUACCGGAAAGCCAAGAGCAGCCACCCACCAGGGACGUGCCCCUUCUAUGAGGAGCUGGACUCACUCAUGAGGGCUCGGACUGCAGUCAGAGCCAUGGAGACUGUCAGGGAGGCAAUGGGUCUUCCUAGGUCUGGGCAGAACAGUACUGAGACAGAUGACCAGGAAGCCUGGAGUGAGAUGGCAGAUGAAGAUGCCGUCAAACCUCCAACCCCAUGUCCUAAAACUCCAGACACUGGUUUUGAGUGGAGGCAUAAGGAUGAAGACCAGAUUUCAGAGCAGGACAUUUUUGAGGAUUUAUCGGGAGCCUUACCAAAAUAUACUACAGAGGCUAUUUAUUCCCCUCAUGACUGGGGAGAAGACAGUGAAAAUGAAAAUGAAGGUGAAGGGGUAUGGGGCAGUCUUUCACAAGAGCAGUGGGAAGAGUGUUCUGAGGAGGAUUUAGAAAAACUCAUUGAUCAUCAAGGCCUGUACCUUGCAGAGAAACCCUACAAGUGUGAUACAUGUGUGAAAAGCUUCAGUAGGAGCUCCCACUUCAUUGCCCACCAGCGGAUCCACACAGGGGAGAAACUUUAUGCAUGCCUUGAAUGUGGAAAAAGCUUUAGUGACCGCUCUAACCUCAAUAUACAUCAGAGAAUCCACACUGGAGAGAAGCCCUACAGAUGCCUUGAAUGUGGAAAAAGCUUUAGUGAUCACUCCAAUCUUAUCACCCACCAGAGAAUCCACAUGGGAGAAAAGCUCUAUAAAUGUGGAGAGUGCUGGAAAAGCUUUAAUCAGAGCUCAAACCUUCUGAAACAUCAGAGGGUCCAUUUGGGAGGAAGUCCUGAACCCUACAGUGAGACUAGAGAAAACACUGGUCAAAGCCUAUCUGUUAGUGCUCACUGGAGGAAUUCCACAGAGGAGACAACUGAGCCAUCUCAGAAUAUUGGGACACACUUGAGCUUUCCUGCACCCCACGGUACUAACUCAGGGGAGAAACUGUAUCAGUGCUCUGAAUGUGGAAGAUGCUUCUCAAAGAGCUCUGCCCUCAUUAGUCACCAAAGAAUCCAUACAGGAGAGAAACCUUACGAGUGUGCUGAGUGUGGGAAAAGCUUCAGUAAGAGUUCCACCCUGGCCAACCACCAGCGAACCCACACUGGAGAAAAACCAUAUAAGUGUGUGGACUGCGGGAAGUGCUUCAGUGAGCGUUCCAAGCUCAUCACCCACCAGAGAGUACACACAGGAGAGAAGCCCUACAAAUGCCCAGAGUGUGGAAAGUACUUCCGAGAUCGUUCUAACCUCAUCACUCACCAGAGGAUUCACACGGGAGAGAAGCCCUAUAAGUGCAGAGAGUGUGGGAAAUGCUUUAACCAGAGCUCCAGUCUUAUUAUUCAUCAGAGAAUCCACACUGGGGAGAAACCCUACAAGUGCACAGAGUGUGGCAAAGACUUCAACAACAGCUCCCACUUUAGUGCCCACCGGAGAACCCACACAGGUGGCAAACCAUUGUAGGAGACUCUUAACCCCCAACAAAAGAGUGAUACAUGUAUAUUUAUAUCUCCCCAGGUCAUGAAACCUAAAUUAGCAAGAAAUCUUUCAGUUUUUAAGCUUGAUGUAUAAGCAGAGAAGUUUUGGUAAAAUCCAGGUAAUUUGAAAGUGAAUUGCAAAUACUAAGGAUCCAGAUUUGAAGGCACUUUGUUUCUCAAGUGUAAUUUUUUUUUCCUGUUAAAAUUUCCCAUAUAAUCCUCAGGCUAUCCUUAUACCUGCUGUUGUAUAGGAGCUUUAUCAGUAUUUGAGCCAGACUGGUGACUUAGGGGACUGGAGUUAAAUCAGUGGCUGGAGCAGUGAUUUUAGACUCUGCUGUGCCUUGACACUGCCUAUAUGUGCAAAACCCCUUCCCACCAUCUCUCACACAUCACAUUUUGCAGUCAGGGCAUUUCCUCACAGGAGACUGGUGAGAGAGGGGCAUAACUGAAAAUCAGUGGCCAAGAAUAGUCCACCAUGAGCUUAGCAAUGAGUAGGAACAACAGUGACAUCGUUACAAAAUUGUUAUUCAUAAUAGCAAAAAUACUUGGUAUUGAGCAUUUGCUUUUUGGCAGGCUAUGAGUAUUAUCUCAUUUAAUCCUGGUGACAGCUCCAGGAGAUAACUAUCAAUUUUCUACUCAUCUCCCUGGAGAAAACUGAGGCUUAAGAAAGUUACUUGUAUUGGCCACAUAGCUGAAAAUGAGAGAGGCAGAAUUCAGCUAGAUCUCUGUGUUUCCAGGGUCUGAGAUGCUUUCAGUGUCCCCUGAGUUCCCUUUUGUGUAAGGACAAGUAACUCAGGUACCAAGGUCUCAAAAUGUGAUACUUAAUAAAUUAUCUUUAUGUCAAAUAUGGUAACCAAGAAUUCCUAAAGAUGAAAGGACUUGAAAUGUUUAUAAUUUGUUGUAAUGCUUUGAGUGAGGCUGAGCUAUUAUCAAAGUGCUGGGUGUGAGUUUCCAUUUUUGUAGUAAUAUGCCUGAGAGAUAUAGAUGGGUUGAAACUGAGGAGAGUAUGUAGCCAAAGUGAUGUGUCUUCCAAUAAAUAGUGCUUUCGCUAUGGAA